UGGCAAUCGGUACGGCCUCCAACAUUAAAAUAAUCAAUAAUAACAGUUCCUAUUGAGUAUUAAUAUAUUAGUACAAAAAUGGAGAUACACAACAUAGCAAAAAUUACGAAGUGAACGCAGUCAAGUGAAAAAUAACGCAGAUUGUGGGUGAACGCGAAAUUUGUGUCCCUGUCAAAGCCAAAAAAUUUCAUUUUCGUAUCCUUGGAGACUGCCUAGCAACGUAUACAACAACAAAGUAACUGGGAAUAUUCCGAUCAUAAAUGAAGUUGAAUGAAGAUGAAGUUGGGAGAUUGGACAAAAUUUGCCAUUUUCCGAGGGCAACCAGAGUAGUCUUGGAGACGCCGCCAUGGCAACAGCAGCUCGCUUUGCAGCAGGAAACAGCAGCAGCCCGCCUACUCCCGCCCCUGCCACUACGCCCCCUGCUCAGACUCAACCGACUCAGCUCAUCGUUCUACCAGCCAGUUUGCAUCAGAGCGCGGCUAAUGGUACUUUAGUAAACGGGGUACCGGUAAUCACUUUGGAACAGUCAGGGGACUCCAGCAACGAAAGUACAGCAGUCGGAGAACAACAAGGUGAUAACCAAGAAGACCCCCUUGCGACUACGUCCCCUCAUUUUAUUACUGUUACUGUUGCCGACGGAGAAGCUGUGGCUUCGCACCAAGGUUACCAUAUCCAAUAUGUUGAACCGGAAAUUUACGCUUCACAAACGAAUGGUGGCCCGACACAGAUGGCGUAUCCCGUUUAUGCAGUGGGCGAUUCUGCAGCUACUCUUUACCCCAUAACAAACACUGGCCAAGCCCAGGGUCAGUAUUACGCCACAGCAAACCCCAACAGUUCAGGAAAUACCACCACCGGCACCACCGUUGGUUAUACAACUGCCGGAGGUCAAUACGUCGUCCAUCAUGCCGUCGACGCCGAGACGCUCAUACCUGCAACUAGACUGUCACCUCAAACUGCCAAUGCCGAAGGAACUUACGUCACUACCACAGCCGGUCAGUCCCAGGUAGUGGCAGUAGCGAGCAACGAAGAAGUUGGAUCUCCACUCGGGCACGCAACUCGUGUGUCCCCCGCGACAGUUCAAUGGCUCCUAGAAAAUUAUGAAACUGCCGAAGGUGUGUCUUUGCCCAGAUCAACUCUGUAUGCCCAUUACUUGAGACACUGUUCGGAAAAUAAACUAGAACCAGUUAACGCGGCUUCUUUUGGAAAGUUGAUUAGAUCUGUCUUUUUGGGCUUGCGUACAAGACGCUUAGGCACCAGGGGCAAUUCCAAGUAUCAUUAUUACGGCAUUCGCGUAAAACCGGGUUCCUCUUUAAUGAACAUUGAAGACUCAACCAGCAGAGUCAUUUUGACGACCAACAACUCUACGGGAAAAGCACAGGGAACUGUUCGCCCAUUUAAACGUAAUUCAGACUCUUCGGAUACCCAAUCCACCAACGGCGCUUUGUCACAACACAUUACUUAUCUGGGGGAUGGAAGCAACUCGAUUCCAGCUUUCCCAGAUAUCCACUUUAAUGAGCCUUUGCCAGACGAUUGUGGAUACGAAGACGUCGAUACUUUAAAAUCUAUAUAUAGGGAGCAUUUAGAAGCAUUUUUGGAUGCGAUACUAGGUUUGGAGUUUAAUACGGUUGAAUCCUUGUGGAGGGAAUUUUGGCGCUCACAAUAUAAUAACAACAGCGACGAAUGUGAAGAAGAGAAAUACCUCUCAAAAUCAAAAUUGUUUUCUUUGUGUUCGCUUGAGCCAGUUCAACAGUUUAUGAAACAGGUCGAUUUGGUUUUUUACCAAAAUCUCAUACAGGUGUUGGUGCCGGAUGUACUCAAACCAAUACCUGCCACUUUAACACAGUCUAUAAGGAAUUUUGCCAAAAAUUUGGAAAGCUGGCUAACUAGCGCAAUGGCCGGUGCCCCAGCACCAAUGCUUCAAAUUAAGCUGACUGCCGUGUCCGCUUUUAGUUCCAGCCUUCGAAGGUAUACUUCCCUAAAUCAUUUAGCACAAGCGGCGCGUGCCGUUUUGCAUAACGGAAAUCAAAUCGGACAGAUGUUGGCCGAUCUGAAUCGUGUCGAUUUUCAUAGUGUCAGAGAGCAAGCCUCGUGGGUUUGUCAGUGUGACAAUGAAAUCGUCUCUCGCUUCGAAAACGACUUCAAAUUGACGCUUCAACAACAGAAUUCUUUAGAGCAAUGGGCGUCUUGGCUAAAGAAUGUUGUCAAAAGCGCGUUGAAGCCGUACGAAGGACGACCGAGCUUUUCAAAAGCCGCUCGGCAAUUCCUUUUAAAAUGGAGUUUCUACAGUUCCAUGGUGAUUCGAGAUUUGACGCUUAGAUCUGCGGCCAGCUUUGGAUCAUUUCAUCUUAUCCGUUUAUUGUAUGAUGAAUACAUGUUUUAUUUAAUUGAGCAUCAAGUUGCGGAAGCGACGGGGGUCGUCCCGAUUGCUGUUAUACUUGAAGGCAUCAAACAAGACAUCAUGCAGAACAGCCUAAGCAUCUACGGCAACAAUGAAAUUUGCAAUGGAUCCUCUGUUCCGAGUGGCAAGAUGGGUUGUGUUAGUCCGACAGAAAUGAUGUCAAAACGUCAGAAAAUCAGUUAGCCUGGUAAUAUUCAGUUAUUCGUUGUAGUUUGAAUUCUGGUCCAUCAAUUUGACUGAGUUUUUCUCUUUUUAGUUGUUAUUACUUCUUUAUUUUGUUGUUAUUUAAAGUUUUAUUUAAUUGUAAAAUGUAAAUAUUAAUUUAAUAAAUAUUGGGUUGUUUGACACAAAGAACUGAAUUUAGUGUACCAUUUUAAGCAGAUAUGUUUUUCAUUUCUCAAAUUUGUAGAUGUUAAUUUGUACAGGGUGGAUUUUGCCUGAAUGAAUUUAUAGAAAGCAAAGAUUCUUGUCAGUGUCUAAUUAAUGUUAAUAUAUUAUGGUUAUGCCACGCGUUGGUCAUAUUUUUGUUAUUUUUUUAUGGUGACCAAAGACGCUGUUUGUAAUAAAAAAUAUUGAUGUGGCAGGUAAAACAUCGAAUGUAAUUAUCAAAAACUUAAUUGGAAUUUUUCAUUGUCACAAGAAAUAUUUUUAAUCACUGAUUAAAUCUGUCGUAAGGCUUCAGUUAGCAAAUUCUACUUAUGUCACGCGUUUUGUUGUUCAGUAAGCACAUUAUUUUUUCUACUAAAAUUGAGGUCUAGGAUUAAAUUUUUAUCUCCAAAAGAAUUUUAACAUGAACCCUUAUAAGGAUGUAAAAUUAUGGAUUAGGUUGAAAGCAUCAAGCAUAAACAAAGACAAGAAGAGACAGUCGUACGUUGGUGGCAUACUUCAUACAAAAUGCGGCCGAUCCAAAAUAGAACUUUAAAUUAAAGCAUUGUGCCAUUUCAUUAAUAUACGUAUUUGCGAGGUUUGUUAAACCGACUUUUUCUUUUGUUGACAUAUAUUUAACAGACUCAGUAAUAUUUAUAAAUUUUUAAACUUUAAUUUUAAAUUUUGUUCCCUCAUUUGAAAUUUAACGUAACGAUUAGUAUAUUUGUUAGUAAAUUUUAUUCUAUAAUACAAUUUUUAUAAAGAUGUGUUGUUCUCUAACAUAAACUGUAGAACAGUUUUCGGAGACAUAUUAAGAUCACCAAAUUGUUUAAACAAGAUUUGUUAAGGAAACUGUAUAUUGCACAUUUUUUAUAUAUGGUCACUAGCCUUAUGUAUUUCACAUCAAAAAAAUGUUUUUAAAAUUUCUUGCUAAUUUUUGCCAUCAUCUGCGCAACCGAGAUUGCUCUUUUUGGCCUUGUUAUUGUUGUUAAAGUUGCAGUGGAACGAAAGAUAUCACUUGUUUACUAAAUCAGAAAUAGAUUCAAAAUUUUACGUUUCCGGAAAAAAAAUAUAUUUUCCUAUAAGAAUACUAGAAGAAUACUAGUUUUAAGAGCUGCAUGAUUAGAUCAUACUAAAUUACUCAAUGCCUUUCCUUAAUUAUAAGCAGCACCUUCAAAGUAUUUGAUAAAACAAUCUUUUAUAGAGGAAUAGAGGAAAUGGCAUAAAAAAUGCAGAAAAUGUAUAUGCUAUACGAAAAAGUUAUAGUACGUAAAGUUAAAAGGGUUUUUUCACUAAUGAAAAAAAAAGUGCCAAAAAUCCCUGUCCACGUAACAUGCAGGUAAUUUGGAAUACCAACCAAUUUGCAAUAUUCCAAAAUAGCUCCACGUGUUUUUAUGACACAAAAAAAUAACCAAAAAUUUAAUAAGACAGAAAAUGGAAUAGAUUAUUUACAGUAGUCGCACACAUGUGUUCCGGCGUCUUAUUAAACACACUCACAGUGCACCCAUAUUGCAUAUUCUCAAAAUUUUCAAUUACAAAAAAAAACAUAUAGUCUCCUGAUCUUCUGGCUGUUUGUCUAAAUCGAAUUCCGGAGCAAAUUCUCCUGAGGAAUUUGAAAUAUUUAAGCUUGCGUUACACUCAUUAUCUGUUUCUAAGUCUUCUGAUUUUUGCUUUCUGACCUCGUUUUGUUUUUUCGGCAUUUUUAAUAGUCCGAUUCAAAGUUAAGUUAAAUCUCACUCUGUGGUGGUUUUUUUCUUGUUGCCUCCUCAAGUUAUCUUUUGUAUGGAGAACUAGAGACAAUUGUUGAUUAUGUUGUUUUUGGACCUCUAUUAGAGUUUCGCUUCUUCGGUAAUUGCACUGGUGAAAUAUCAAAAGGAGUUACAAGCAAACCAGAGCCACAUACUAUUGUAUUGUUGGAACAUUCCAGCCAGCCAGCUGAAUUCGAAUUAAAUGGGUUUGAAAUGUUAUUUCUCACAGCUAGUUAAUCUUCUUAUAUCGAUUUGAGUUAAACCUUAUAAUUUGGCCUCCAUUUGAAGGGCAUAUUCCACCAAAAGAGAUUGAAAGUCUUUAUUAAAAACAGGUUUUCGCACAAUAUGCUUAUGAACAAGCUGUUCAGUUGGUAUAAUGUGAUUCUUGGUACCUUAAAGUUUAUCUAUGCCUUAAGGUAACCCAUUUUUUCUGCCUUUUUCUGGAUUCCACUUCUGUUUGUUUUUGAGAGUAUUUUUGGGUGGCAAAGCACGAAAAUUUAAAACUAAAUAUAAUUUGGAAUAUUUGCAUCAUUUAUAAGAUACCAAAUUAGCAACAUGAAGGCGCGCCAUAAGCCGUUAAAAAAAUGAAUGCUUUAACUUAUCGAAAAAAUAUAACCUUUUACGUACCUGAGGACUCAACUAACGUUAAUUUAAGAAUAAAAAUCGGUGGUCCACUAAAAAAGUUUUAAUCACUCUGCAAUUAAUUUUUAACAUGUGUAGCCCCUCUACAAUCAAUCAACUACAUACAAGCUAAUUAACCUCAUUUCCUCUAAUCCAUUGUUAAAAUUAUUACACGACAAUUGUUUUUGUAUCAUAUCCUAGAAUUUUGAAAUUACGGUACAGGGUAAUCAUUUACAUGCGAGAUACCCUGUUGCCUUCCUUUUUUAACAUUUCGCGCUUAUGAUUAGCUCUUCAAAUGAAGUUCUAGCAGGUAGACAAAUAUUGACCUAUCUCGGGAACGCCUUUUCCCACCAUAUUAACUUUGGCGUCACUGAAUUUUUUCGUCUCCUUCAACUGCACUGAUUGGUUGUUAAAGUUGAGUAGCGACAAAUAACACACAACAAUAAAACUAAUGAUAAAAGCCGUAUCUUUUCAUUAACUUACUAUAUUUAUUAAAAAUUAUUCAAACUGCUAAACUAACUCACAGCUCUGUCCAAAUGUGGGAAAUAAUUCUAAAACUACAAAGGUAAUCUAGGUUGCCUUAUUAGUUUUGUAAAUUUGUCCAAAAUUUAUUUCUGAAUACCGAAACUUUAAACUAUUCAUUCAGCUCAGUAACGAAAAUCAUAGGAAUAUAUUUUUCAUUUCAUUAUGACGUGAUGAUUUUCUAACAUUAUAGUAAAAUUGUAAAUUUGACAAUUGCUAGAGCCAGUGAACAAUUAUUUGAAGUUAUUAAUAUCCUUGUAGCUUUAACAUAAAUUAAAUUGCUUUUAAAAUUUUACCGGUUUUGUUCCUGGAAUUUAGACAGUGGGUUUAUUAUUUAAUACAAAGCAUUUCGAUUAAAUAUCUCAAACAUAUGGACAAAGAAAACUCCUUUAAAUGACACUGGUAUGAGUGUCUCUGAUAAGGCGGGUUUUCGAAAUCAUUAUUUACUUCGGAAGAGUUAUGAAAAGAAAAUCCAGUUAAUUUGAAUAGUCUUAUUUUACAUUUACCGUAACGCUUAAACAAAAAAAAUUUAUUUUAUUAUUCUGUAAUCUAAAUCGCCAUAAAUCAGUGUUGAAAAGUUAAAUUAAACCAAUAUUUUUUUAUAUUUGGUUAAUAAACUUCAACACAAGCUUAGUGAACAAAAAAAUUGUUUUUAAGGAUUAGUGUUUUUAUUUAAACAUUUGUUGUUGUUUAAAAUUUAUUGUUGUGAUGAAUUAUUAGAUGAAACAUUCAAUCUUUUAUUAAGUAACGUUUAAGAACGUAAAUCUACUUGAAAAUUAAAGAAAAAAAACAUUUGUAAGAUAUGUUUACCACUCACAACAUUAAAUUUUAAUUUCUAUGUUAAAUUUAAAAAAUACUAAUUGUAAAUUUUUGCUCAAAAGUAUAAUCCAUCCAUUACAAAAGUGUUAAAAAUGGAAACAGUUUACCAGGGUAUAUAAAUAUUCCUCUAAACAGUACAAGUAAAUGUAAAAAAACUGCAUUUGAUAUAAUUAACGUUGGUUUUAGUAUAAAUCUUUUUUUAUGUAAGGUUAAAAGCCUCAGCACAUUAUUUUUUGUUGUUUUCGAACUCAAUUUGUAGAAAUGAAAUAAUUUAAGGCUUAUACUUGAUGUACAUAAUUGCGUAAAUAUUUUGAGAAAUCGUUGUCUUAACCAGAUCUGUUUGGUUUUUUCAAAUAUAUUUUUAUGAUCCAUUUAUUUCAAACGCUCCGAUACGUAAAAUUGUCGGACACUGUCACUACGGUAAAAAAUCAAUUCUUAUUUAAGAAAUGUGUUAGGUAACCAAUUGUUUAUCAUAGCUUCACCUUAGGACCAGGAUAAAAGUUAUCUAGAUAAAAUAAUAGUAACGUUGAAAACCAAAAACUAAAGCUUUAAUAAUGACUGUCAGAGAUAGACCAAGUUGCUAUGAUUUUACAAAAUAUUGCGUAAACUGCUUCUAUGGUGAAGUUACGAGAAACAAUUGACAAUAAUAAUAAAUGUGUGCCGUUAUCUUUUGGUGUACAUAAGAUAUACAGUUUGAUAAAGGAAACUAUUUUACAAAUACUAAAUACUAAAAUGUAUAUGAUGUGCUUAUAUUUCAUGUGAUUUGCUCUAGCAUAUAAAGUGCACUGUUCAUAAAAUAAGUUGAUUUGGAUUAAUGUAACUAGCAGAUGGAUCUGUGUAUUUUUGUAGAUGUCAAAUUGCAUAAAAUUAAAAAAAAAUACCAAUAAGGCUUCUUUGUCCUUUAUUUUUUGUAUUACAUUGUGACAGGAAAUUUAUAUCAUUCAACCGGAUAUUUAUGUUUAUUUAUUUUGCAAUACAUAGUUGCAAAUAAAAAGUACUCUAGUCUUGUUAAUUUUGUGUUAUUUAAGUCAAAUCUAUCAUACCUACUAAAAAUAACUUUCUAUAAAUAUAUAUCUUAAACAAGUUUACCCUUUGUUGCUACUGUAUUUUUAUAUAAAAUUUAAAACCAAAUUUAUAUGCCGGCUCGAUGUUUUAAUACAUAAGAAAUAAAAGAACAAUUCUACAGGCUGUCCCACAAUACAAGGUUACUUUUUUAUUGUAACACAUAUUUCAAUACCUUCCAGAUUUCAAUUUAACAAUUUAACAAACCUCUUAAUAUCAAAUCAAGACCUAUCAGUAACUUUGUAUUAUGUUUUUUGGAUCAACCUAUUUUGAUAACUGGAUAUAGUUUU